UUGAAGUUGAACUUCAACUUUCGUUAUAAAUUAAGCGAUUAAAUACAGAAUAAAAAGAAGAGUAUAUAAGAAAGGAAAAAAUCCUUCGAUCAAGGACCCGUUAGUCUAAUAUAUGUAUUUUCUACAUCUACCUUUAGUUUUGUUUUCAGGUACACCAAUUUGAAAAACUCUUGCUCACUUUUAAAACCAUCUUUUAAAACAAAAAUUCUUUUAUAGUUCUUUAAGACAUACUUUGUAAUAUAUUUACAUCUCAUUAAUAAAAGUUACCUUAAAAAGAGCACACAAGAAUGCGUCCGUUUUCAUUUUUCUGGACUGCGACUAACCCCUUAAGUCCAAUUAAGUCUUACGUGAAACAUUAUAGGGAACAUUUGUUUUACGUAUUCAUAUAUCCCAAUUUUUCUUAAAAUCACGUGAUUGCAAAUGGUCCGAUGCAUUAUGUUAUUAAAAUAAAUGUAAGAAAUCAUUGUAUUAAGAAUCAUAAAAUUAUCGUUGAUAGUUACUGUGAAUAAUUGCAUGAAAUAAUGUUAGUGUUCUAAAUAAUCGAAUACGUUAUGAUAUUAAAAAAAAAAAUUAAUUGAUUUACUGUAAACACUUUCGUAUGCUUCAUCUGCGUAUUAGUAGGUUAUACCUGUUGAUUGAAAUAUAUAUUUAUACGAAUGAAAAAAUAUCUUAUGACAUAGAUGCAACAAAUUUUGUGGAAUUACAUUUAAAAAAAAAAAAAAAAAAAAGAAAACUUAAGAAUCACUUAUGUGAUGAGUUCCAGAUGUAGGUUUACGAUGUCGUAUAGUUCUAACUUGUAAUAGAUCUUAAAGUAGAUAGGGGCAUAAUACGAUGCGAGGUUAACGUAAAUUACCUCAUUUGUCAGAAACCACGAUGACGUAAAAGUAUAUAGUACAACUUGGCCCUUCGUGACAUUAAGUUUGACUCGAAAAAAAAACGGAGAGUUUGCAUCUCUGUUCCUAGUCCUUCCAUUUAUCUAUGUUGUUUUUGUAAUUCUUGUUGUUGGUGAAAGUCUUCGCAGCUCUUCUCGCGGUUCUUGCAUUAUUAAAGAACUACAUCAGCUAAAAGAACCAGAAUAGUCAGAGGAACUACAAUAACCGACGAAGCUAAAACAGUUAGAGGAAGUACAACAACUCUAACCCCAUUUAUGAACCCUUACAGACCACUAUCCGACUGUACGAAGGGUUCGUAAUUUCGUUUGCAGUUCCUGAGUUUAAAACUGUUCCAACACGUCAGUAACGAACGUCAGUAAAGUAUGUUGGGCACGGAGGCGUUGGUUAUUCGGAGAAUCUGGCUCCCGAAUAGUCGUGUACUUGAAAUGACCUUCCAUUGGUGCUUCUGGCGACGCCUACGAAUGCCGGGAACACACUCUCAUUCGGUCCAACGGAUUGGAAGCAAUUUUUUUUUUUUUUUUUGCAAAAUAGAACGAGGUUGGAAAGUUUCGCCGUUUGUUCCGUGACGUGUUGUUCCGCGACGUGUCGUCCCACGGAAAAUAAGGUUACGAGUAUCCACGCAGCCGAGUCCCUGGAGAUCCCUAACAGGACAAUCGUUUUCGUUGACCUCGCAGCUUUUUAACUUUUUCCUCUAUCUAUUUAUUCAUAAUAUCUUCUACAGAGUAAGCAUUUCAAUCGUUAGUGUUACGUGUCGUAAACAUUUGUAGUACAGGAAUUUCAAGAAGCCAAUCCGCUGCCAUUUUGUCCAAGUUCAAAUUUUUAAAGCAUGCAGAAUUGAUGUUUGUAAAAUCGACGUGCGUGAAGCUUUCAGGGUGAAAAUUUAAUGACUUGUAAAAAGCAUGGUAUUCCAGCCAUGGGCGAACCAAAUGUUGCUUAUAUUUUGCACCGGCUUGUAAUUUUUAACAGGAAACAUUUUUGAAGCGCCAUGUCACAACUUCUAGCUACGUAAUUAAAAUUCAACGAACAGUUCAUGAUUUAAAGAAACUGACGAGUAUAUAAUAUUAUUAAUUCGCAUUUCAUUUAACACCGUUAAUCUAAAAAUACCACGAGGAAAAUGUAAUCUUUCCUACGGAUUAUUUCGAAUUGUGUAAACCAUCCCCCGUACCACCCUCAACCACCAAAAAUUAUAGAAUCCAAGCUGCGUCCUCGUUUGAAGGUUCUUCAAAUCCAUGAAAAUACUCUCGAUCCUCUUCAAGUGAUUGUCAAGAUUCUCUCAAUCGAAAUUAAAAUUUGUCCAAGCAUGGUCGUGCUCGUGGUCAUUUCCAUCGGGAGCUUCCGCAGUGACUCGAUGGAAACUUUAGCGUGUUUCGUUGCAAUUGGAAGCUUUUUAUCUUCGAUGUUGUUGUUUUUAACACCUCUCGUCCGAUCGAGCGAAUGCAUUCGCGCGUAUAAAUAACGAAAACAACGACGGUUGGACGUUCAGAGAGGGUUCGCAGGUAAUAUGCCGCGGGAACGGCCGUAAGUACGCGUCCCAUCGAUCUGGUACGUAUCUGGUGCAGAAAAUAAUUCCCUGGCGGCCGUGAAAGCCGAAGUUGCGUGCAUAAGUGCGUGUCCUGCUGUGCGUGUGUCCCGAAUUAAAUUACUCGCGACUCAUUAACGCGACGGUUGCCGCGCAGAUUUUUGUUAGGAGGCCUCGGGCGCCACGCAAACAAAUGGGGGGCUCGUACGGGAGUUACUUGCAACACUUUGUCACUGUAACCCUUUGCUGUUCUAUGUCGAGUGAGACUCGACAGAGUUGGAGUGAAUUCAGAAAAUCUGGACUGCAAAGGGUUAAAAGCUGCGUAUACCGUAUGAAAUCUAAGAUAUUUAAGCCGAAAGAUGAGCACGGCAAGCGAAGAAGAAGCACAAUAACUCCAAUUUACGUGACUGAGAUAAUUGCAAAUAGCUGAGUAAUCGGGUUGUUUAAGUUUAUACGUAGUACAUAGAAUUAUUCAUUUCGCGGCAAAUGGGUCACUUUCGUACUCGACGUCAGGGAUUUAAUUCGAAUUGAAAUAUAUUAGAGUGUAUUAGAAUGUCCAGGCGAAAUUAGAGGAGACUCAUGUCGCCAUUUUAUUGUUUUGGGAAUUGUUUAAAUACUAGGAGCCCUCGAAGUUAACAGUCGAACAACGUCAUUAUUUUGUUGCUCUGUCCAUACGUAAAUGCUAGUAAACACGAAUCAUAGCACGUGUACUGAAAUUGAUAUGUUGACGCGUUACACAGCGAUACCUGUGUCGUGGGACGAAUAGGACGAUAACUGACAGCAACCAAAGGUGAUUUCAGCUGUCUGACAAAAAUAACUGAAGAAUUUUGUGUUGCAAUCUGGGAAAGACGGAUCCAUUUCAAUGAAUCCGGGCCCCUGUGACAGGUAGUUUUGUAAUUGCGACAGCUGUCACGCAUGGACAAAAACUUCAUGUUAGGGGCACGUCCACCCCCGUUUGAAGAUCGUGUGACGCUAAUGGAUUUAUUUAUGUCGAAAAGGAAGCGUAGAUGUUUUGAUCUAGGGGUGCUGGAGAGAGUUGGGGGUGAAUGAGGGAUGUGGUGGCCCAUUUUGUUUCCCUAAUUCUCCUUAUAUAAAACUCCGCGACAUUCGAAAGACCUUUAUUACUCAAGCAUCGACUAGCAUCUAAUGAGAUUCGUUCCUAUCGACAUGAAAAUCGUAAUCGCUUACGUUAUGCUAUACGCCCUUGAAGUCGCCGAAUUGAUGCUGGCAAGCAGUGAAUGGAGCUUGCAGACUCUGAACAUCGAUACCCAACCGGAGAGCUAUGACAAAUCGUGGAACGACGAGGACCUAUUAAUCGAGAGGCCGUCGUUCCACAACAAUAGAAUCAAUGUCAGGGCCAGAUCUAGCUGUUCAUGCGAAACGGAGUUCGGGCACAAAAAGUAUCUGGGAUAUGGAUUUUACCCGAAAUACCUGAGCGAGUCUGCUUGCAAAAGACGCACUUGCCAAGAUAAAUUUCAUCGUUGCAAGCUACUCAGUUACUCGGUAUAUGUUUUGCAGCAACGGCAGGCCUACGGGGCUCGAUACUCGUACGACAACGCGUUGCAAGAGCCGGAACUGCCGGAGUGUCUACGCCAGGAUUGGCAACCGAAGAAGGUGGAAGUGGCAGUCGCCUGCGUGCCUGACACAGGCAGCAGACAGAACUGA